GCUCUUAUUUUGAAGUGUUGGGAGCGCGCUGCCGGGCGGAAGCAGAGAAGCGGAAGCAGACUUGUUGUUGUUGACGGAGUCAGCAGCAGCGGACUCACCUGGCGAACAGGUGCGACCUCAGCCCGGACUAAUCGGUAAUCCAGUCUGCCUCAGUGGACGGUCUCUGCAGGUCAAAGGUUGUCUCCUCCCCCAGCGGCCAUGGCUCUGAUCUCUCUGGAAGACCUUGACGGAUUGGACGACGAGCAGCUGGACGAUGACAUCACAGACAACCCCGAGCCAAUGGAUGAAGAGGACAGAGACCGACUGCUGACUCAUUGGCAGGCGGUUGCCAGCACCCACCAGGUGUCGGUUCCUCCAGACAUGACCGGACCCAUACAGGAAAUGACCCGCAACCGCCAGCAGAGGGAGCCCCUCCCCUUCACUCUGAUUUCCCACCACGAGAAGAUGGACGAGCUGCUGUACGAGGAGCGGGUGUAUCCGGCGGGACACUGGGCCUGCGUGACCCGAGGGGACGACCUGUACGAGCAGAGCAUCUCCACCGGCUUCAUGAAACUGAUGCGCUUCAUCUGUAAAGAGAACUCUGCAGGUGGAUACCUGGGGAUGACGGUGCCUGUGGUCAGUAACAUCCACGUAAUGGAGGAUGGAACCACAUUUGAAAAAGACGUCCAGACGUCGUUCUUCCUGCCGGCGGAGUUUCAGACCAACCCCCCCCAGCCCUUUGACCCCGACAUCACCAUUGUCUACAGAGAGCCAAUCAGGGUCGUGGCCAGGACGUUCUUGGGAACGACCACGGAGGAGACGGUGACCCGUCAGAUCGGUCUGCUGUGGGAGAUCCUCGGCGCCACCGACGACCUCCGCAGAGACGACUACAUGGUCGCCGUGUAUGAGAACCCCGGCGUACCCCGCCGCAGGAACGAGAUCUGGUUCAUCAGACGCAAUCUGUAGAUGCCUUCCCAUCAUCCUCUUCUCCCUCACCUCCUCCUCUGAUUGGCUGGUUUGUUUUGUACACUUCUUAUGUCUGAUUUUUUUAAAUGUCAAACUGACCAAUCAGAGCUGGUGUAUGUUUGCUAACAGGUCCUGACACUAAGCCCUGCCCCUCACCCCUCUUGUCCAAUCAGAAUGCGUCUCUCUGACUAACUGACAGCCCAUUGGUUCACACUUUAAGAUGAUCCCGCGUCACUUCGCCUCCAUCUUCAAACUUGACCAAUGAAACUAAGACAUCAGUCUGACAUCAUCACGAGGAAGCAGGAAGUGACAUGUCCCCUCUGAGGUGGAUUAAAGGACACGCUCAAACUUUUAUUCCAGCCUGUGUCCAACCAAGUCACGUGUCCACAUGGACGUUGGUCAAACUGAUGAAGCUUCAGAAAACCUGAGGACGUCACAUGUUCACAUGGACAUGUGAGUUGGUUUGAUGCAGGCUGGAACAGAAGCGUGAACGUUGCCUUUAAUGUGCAGCUCUGAGCGUUCGGUUUUCUGUGCGUUAGUCUCCAUACGUCCCUCAGACCUGAGCCGGGUCUGAGUCCUGAGACUGGUCCUCGUGGAGUCAGUGUUAGAUGAAAGGAUGCUCUGAUUCUGUGUCCUCUGAAGGUUUAACGUGAAACAUCUUCUCCUCCAUGUUUGAAGGACAGCUGAUGUGAAAUCAGCUGUGAAUUCCGACGCCUGUUCUCAUCUGAGCUGCUGAAGCUUCAUUUUUACUGUCGAUGUUUUUUUCUUUCUAUUCCAACAUCUGUGUAUAAAAUAUUAAACUGGGCAGUGAAAGUGA